CCGGGUCCGGCGGCUGGGGCGCGAGCGGCCGCGCGGCGAGGGGAGGGCGGGAAGCCUGUGCCCCGACGUACGUCAGCGCGGGCCGGCCAGGCGGCGGCGGGACGCGGCAGAGCGGGCGGCCCGGGCGCCGCUCCACCCGCGCCCGCGACCCGCCGGGGCCCCGCGCCCCGGGCCGCCCGCGGCAUGGACAGCGCGGCCGCCGCCGCCUUCGCGCUGGACAAGCCGGCGCUGGGCCCGGGGCCGCCGCCGCCCGCGCUGGGGCCCGGCGACUGCGCCCAGGCGCGCAAGAACUUCACGGUGAGCCACCUCCUGGACCUGGAGGAGGUGGCGGCAGGGCGGCUGGCGGCGCGGCCCGCGGCCAGGGCCGAGGCGCGGGAGGGCGCGGCGCGGGAGCCGUCCGGGGGCAGCAGCGGCAGCGAGGCGGCGCCGCAGGACGGUGAGUGCCCAAGCCCUGGGCGUGGCAGUGCCGCCAAGCGCAAGAAAAAGCAGCGGCGGAACCGCACUACGUUCAACAGCAGCCAGCUGCAGGCGCUGGAGCGCGUGUUCGAGCGUACGCACUACCCCGACGCCUUCGUGCGGGAGGAGCUGGCGCGGCGCGUCAACCUCAGUGAGGCGCGCGUCCAGGUCUGGUUCCAGAACCGCCGUGCCAAGUUCCGCCGGAAUGAGCGCGCCAUGCUGGCCACCCGCUCUGCCUCGCUGCUCAAGUCCUACAGCCAGGAGGCCGCCAUGGAGCAGCCGGUGGCACCGAGGCCCGCCACCCUGGGUGCCGACUAUCUCCCCUGGCCCGCGUCGUCCCCUUACAGCUCCGUGCCACCCUACAGCCCUGGGGGGUCAGGCCCCACGACCCCAGGGGUCAACAUGGCCAACAGCAUAGCCAGCCUCCGUCUCAAGGCCAAGGAGUUCAGCCUGCACCACAGCCAGGUGCCCACGGUGAACUGACAGCCACAGGGACCCAGCUACCGUCAGGUCUGACAGCAGGAAAGAGGGCCACUGAGCAGGAGGUGGCCUUCUCCUGUCCCUGUGCCCAGGGCUGGCUGGCCGGGCUCUCCUGCCCACACCUCCAGCCUGGACUCCUGAGUUCAGAAGGCACAGGGGCGUCCAGAGUGCCACUCAGCGUGUCUGUCCAGUGGCCGGAGUUGGCUGCCCUGACCCGCGGCUGGGCCGGGCUGGACGGCGGAGCGGGCACCACCAAGGACCUCGAUUACUCUGUGUAUUAAAACCAAAAAGCUUUGUCUUUAAGAAAUAAAACCAUUUUUUGUAAGCUUCAAAAGGUCGUGGGAGGGUGGAUAAGGGAGCUGAAGCCCGGGGGCUGCUGGGCCUUCUGGGGACACCGGGCCUGGCUCAGAUGGCGGUCUUGGAGGCUCACUUGCGGUUCCUAGGAAGGCAGUCCCCGGUCACCUGCAGGGCCACAGGGCUGGGGACUGGUCAGGGCACAGAAACAUGCCCUGGGCUUUGCCUCCCAUUUUGAGCCCGAAGGGGGCCCGGGGGAGCUUGGAAGGACCCUCGCUGUGUGACGGGACAGGGGGCAUCUCCACUCUGCAGGGACAGGGUGGACAGCUCCGGGUUCCUGAGUGGCCAGAGGGAGUGUGGGCAAUGCUGGAAUUAGGUUCCCCUCGGCCCGGGACACAGGAGGUGAGGGACCACUGUCCUCCACAUACCCACCCAAUACCCGGUGUGGCAGAGGACACCUGUACCACCAGCGGGUGACACUGUUAGGAGGGAUCUGCAUAAACCAGUGGAGCAGUGAACCGAGGCUGCCCCACCCCAUGCCAUCUCUUCUGCUGGGCGUGCCCGCUAGUAGAGGUGCAGCCCCAAUCCAGCCCCCGGGUAGGCCAGCGCCCCCAGCCCAAGGGCACACAGAGGAUCAGCACCUGGGAGUGUCAGGUUAAGACCCCAGCCCUGGGGUGGGGGCACAGGCCAUCAUGGGCCUGAUGAGAGCUUUGCCCAUACGCUGCCCUGCCUGCGUGAAAUCAGUGUCCCUGGAGGGUCAGCCAUGGGCCACAUCUUCCAGAU